AUGGCGCGUCCGCUGCUGUCGCAGCGCCCGUCGUCGGAGCACUCCAACGACCGCGACCUUGCCGAAGAGGACGCCCUGCUCACUGGCCAGCGCACCGGAAAGCACACCGAACACCCGCGGACCGGAUGGAAGAGAUGGAGGGAGUUCGGCUUGUUUGCCUGGGCCCUGGUCGCGACGGCCGUGGUCAUCGUGCUGGCCGUCGUGUACCAGAAGCAGGCCACCACAAAGGAGCCGAGUGCGAAGCCGUCGGGCAAGCGCAACCUGGUCUUCAUGGUCUCGGAUGGCAUGGGCCCGACGUCGCUGUCACUUGCGCGUAGCUUCAAGCAGUACCAGAACGCCGAGCCCUGGGACGACACGCUGGUCAUCGACCAGCACUUGAUCGGCCAGUCGCGCACCCGCUCGUCCAGCAGCUUGGUGACCGACUCGGCCGCCGGCGCAACCGCCUUCUCCUGCGGCUUCAAGAGUUAUAAUGGAGCCAUCUCUGUCCUGCCCGAUCACUCGGCCUGCGGCACCGUGCUGGAGGCCGCGAAGCGCGCCGGCUACAUGACCGGCCUGGUUGUCACCACCCGCAUCACUGACGCCACCCCCGCCUGCUUCGCUGCUCACGUCAACAUGCGCUCAGAAGAAGACCGCAUCGCCGAGCAGAUGGUCGGCGACUACCCGCUCGGCCGCGUCGUAGACCUCAUGUUCGGUGGUGGCCGCUGCCACUUCCUACCCAACUCGACCGAGGGCUCGUGCCGCGCCGAUGACAGGGACAUUGUUGCCUUGGCUAAGGAGAAGUACGGUUUCAACUACAUUGACAGUCGCAAGGAUUUCGAUGGCCUCCGUUUGGGCAGCGCCGUCGAGCUCCCUCUGCUUGGCCUCUUUGCCGAUACCGACAUUCCCUACGAAAUCGACCGGAGGAACGAGGGCGACAUCUAUCCUUCCCUUGACGAGAUGGCGCGGACCGCUUUGAAGGCGCUGAGUGCCGCUACACAGGAUAGCGAGAAGGGUUUCUUCCUCAUGAUCGAGGGAAGCAGGAUUGACCACGCCGGCCACGGCAACGACCCUGCUGCCCAGGUUCACGAGGUUCUGGCAUACGACAAGGCCUUUGCCAGUGUCCUUGACUUCCUUGAGAACGACAGCACCCAGGGCGUCAUGGUCAGCACCAGCGACCACGAGACCGGCGGUCUCGCUGCCGCAAGACAGCUCCACGAAUCCUACCCUGACUACCUCUGGUACCCCGGCGUCUUGGCCAACGCCUCUCACUCGGCCGAACGUCUCGGCCAGGACUACCACAGGUUCCUCUCGUCGGAACACACCGCCGACGAGACGGCCGCUUGGGUCCGAAAGGCGCUGAGCAACGGCCUCGGCAUCGACGACCCGUCGCGCGAGGAGGUCGACCUGUUGGUCUCGCGCCCGGACGUCUCUCCCUACACCUUCGCCGACAUGGUCAGCCGGCGCAGUCAGACGGGCUGGUCCACGCACGGCCACUCGGCUGCCGACGUCAACAUCUUCGCCUCCGACCCGCGCGCCGCCGCCCCCUUGGUUGGCAACCACGAGAACACCGAGGUCGGCGAGUUCCUGCGCCACUACCUCGAUGUCGACGUCGACGACAUCACGAAGGAGCUCAAUGCCAAAGGCGCCCUCUACGACUCGGUGAGUGCAACUGGCGAGAAGGUGUCGUGGAUGGGCAAGGUGCCCGAGGAGGGCGAGAGACUCGACGGCCAGGACCAUUUGGACCAUUACCAGGGUGACUUCAAGAAGCACAAGAGAUGCGAGAUUUGCGGUUUGUGA